GACUAUUGAGGUUAGCCUCUGCUUCCGGUUGAUUGUCAGAAUUCCAAAUUGCCACAAGAGGCGCUGAUAUUCCAUUUCCUAUUUCUUUUACUUUGUGUAUGGUGUCAGAGAAAGGAGAUCCAGGAUGCAGAUCUUCGUCAAGACCUUGACGGGAAAGACCAUCACCCUUGAGGUCGAGCCGUCCGAUACGAUCGAGAAUGUCAAAGCCAAAAUCCAGGAUAAGGAAGGAAUCCCUCCGGAUCAGCAGCGAUUGAUCUUCGCUGGCAAGCAGUUGGAAGAUGGUCGCACAUUGUCCGAUUACAACAUCCAGAAGGAGUCCACCCUUCACCUGGUGUUGCGCCUGCGCGGCGGUGCCAAGAAACGAAAGAAGAAGAAUUACUCCACCCCCAAGAAGAUCAAGCACAAGAGGAAGAAGGUCAAACUCGCUGUGUUGAAGUACUAUAAGGUCGACGAGAACGGAAAAAUCCAUCGCCUGCGCCGCGAGUGUACAAGCGAAACCUGUGGAGCCGGUGUGUUCAUGGCUGCCCAUGAGGAUCGCCACUAUUGCGGCAAGUGUCACCUUACACUUGUUUAUUCCAAACAAGAAGAAAAGUAAAAAGUGGAAGGAACACAUCUAAUAUUCUUCUGGCUGAGAUGGUUAAGAUCUUUUCCGUAAUGCUUAAGGAUAGAAAGUAAUAAAAGAGUGUGUACGGUUUCAGGUUCCGUACGGACUUGAAA